AUGUUGACGGCAAACGAGGCGCAACUUACUGUCCUUGCAGCUGGAGUGUGUGAAUGGCACUGGACAGGUUCCUGUGUCACGGCACUGCCACGCCCCUCGUGUACUGUUUGCACGCUCGUGAUAAUAUUGGAGAUUACGGAUGGCCCUGCAGGGAGCGGCUCUUUCAAGACCACAGAGAAACGGUUACCAGAUGAAAAGUCGAACACUGAAAAUUCUGCCAGAAAGAGCACAACCAAUCAGUCGAGGCGAGGCGGGGGCCAUGGGGGCUGGGGAGGGGGGGAGGGGGAGGGCUUGGGGCUAAGGGGGGAAGGAGGAGGAAGGACGGGUCUAGACGUAGGAGGGGAAUGGGGAGGACGAGGGGGCUAUGGGGUAGGGGGGGGUCGGGGUUUCGGCCAGGGGGGGAAGGGAGUCUGGCGUGGGGGAGGCGGUGGGGGUGGGAAUUGGGACGGGGGGGGUGCGGCUGAGCGCGACCCCGCCCUCGAGGACCGCCGCCCUCGAGGACCCGCCCUCGAGGACCCCCGCCCUCGAGGACCAGCCCCCGCCUCAGCGACCCCGCCCUCAGCGACCCCGCCUUCAGCGACCCCGCCUUCAGCGACCCCGCCCUCGAGGACCCCCCUCGGAACCCCGCCCUCGAGGACCCCCGCCCUCAGCGACCCCGCCUCCAAGCGACCCCGCCCUUCACGACCACCGCCCUCGAGGACCCCGCCCUCAGCGACCUCGCCCAUCAGCACCCGCGCCCUCAGCGACCCCGCCCUCAGCGACCCGCCCUCAGCGACCCGCCUCAGCGACCCGCCCUCAACCGACCCCGCCCUCAGCGACCCCGCCCUCAGCGACCCUCGAGACCCCGCCAUCAGCGACCCGCCCUCGAGGACCCCGCCCUCGAAGGACCCGCCCUCAGCGACCCCGCCCUCGAGGACCCNCGGGAGCCACUAG